AUGACAUUACGACGACGUUCACGUAGGUUGACAUCGCAGAAACUGGAGGAUUUCAAAGCAUGUUCAUCAUUGGAUGUCGGAGAGGUUGUCAAUGAUGAGCACGUACUUUGCGGGAUAAAAUCAGAUGAAGGCAAACAAAAAGAAAAAAUGAGGAUGGAAAUUUUGCCGAAAAAAGGCUCAAAUUCUCAUAAUUCGCCGGUUGCUUUACGAACGCGGUCGCGAUCGCGUUGUUCUAGUAUGGAGUCUAACGAUGCAGGCAUUGUUGGAGAUAGCCAGAAAGCAGUCAGUAUUGUGUUAACCCCAACCAAAACGAAACCGUGUCGAAAAAGAACUUCGUUGAUGCCGCAAUUAGAAGAAAUCGUUGAAGAGCAGCAAACAUGCAAAGACGAAGAUAAUAAUAAAAACGGCCUAAUGGGAAAAAAAAUGGAGACGAAAAAAGUGUCGAAAAAGAAAGGAAAGCUAUGGGGAAAUAAAAAAGAGCAUGUUGAAGUGUGUGCUGAAAAAAACUUUGUAGAGAAAUCUAAUAAGAAGGAUGUGGAAGAUACUUCUAUGGAAGAUAUAGCUGGUGAAAAGGAGGCAACAAAACUACAGCAAAAAAUUACAGAAACGUCGUGGAAUAAAUCAGGGGAAAGCCCAAAAAAAUCAUUUGCAAAAACUUUGGAGAAGUCACUAACAAGGAAUCCAAAAAAAUCGCAUAUGGAGAACUCAGAUCAUUUUCUGGAAGAUAGUGCGAAAAAUUCAGACUGUUCAUUGGCAAACAUUCCGGGAAAAUCGUCGACAAUGAUUUUAGAAAAAUCCUCAAAAAAGAAUCGAGAAGAAAUGCUGGCAAGCAGUUUAUCGUCUACCAUUAAUUGUUUAGAACAGAAAGCCGAACUCGUCACUGUGACAAAUUUAGAAGAGAAUAGCUCGAACAUAUGGCCAAAGUUGGAUAACUUGUUAUCAUUGUGGUUGAAACGUGAUGAAUGUCUACUUGUGGAUAGUAUUGAAAAAGCAUAUGCAUUUGUGAUUGAAGUAGACGCACUAGUGCCGACGAUAUCAGAGGAAUUGAUCACGAGUAAUAGCGAGACUAUUUGGCAACAAAUUGCUUAUGGAAACAAAAAAUUUCAUCGAUAUUUUGCAAAAACAAAGCAUUUCUUGGACAUUGAAGUAUCCGCAGAUAAGGAACUUGCAGAGAAACAAGACGAUCCACUUCCUUCAGUUACUACUACAUCUAAAUUUCAUGACGAAAAUUCCGACGACACUAAAAGAGAUAGCAACCAUUUCUUUAUGCCUGUGGAAAAUGAAGUUAAGAGACUUGAUAAGAACCUCACUGGUGAAAGUGGUAAUAAAAUCGAUAAAAAUGAUGAUGAUAACUACAGUAAUAUGUCGAAUAGCGAAGGUAUUGGCUGUUUCAAAAUCUCUGACAACGCCUCCAAAAAACGUUGGAAGAGUGCAGUUGAUGAUCAUUUUUUCUCACUGGCGGAGAUGGAGGAAUAUUUGGAUAAACAAGAAAAAGACCAGGCAUAUCUAACUGAAAAUUUUUUCGAACAUUUUGAUAAGGAUAGUGAUGAUUUGCAAAAUUCUCAAACUAACUAUCAUUAUGCUGAUUUUUAUGGGAACACAAAUAAAAUUGAAGAAGGAAGUAGUUCAAAAGCUGCUUCCAAUAAGUUGAACAGAUCGAAAAGGAUUUUGCAGUCUGGUGAACUGGACAAUCGUAAGGAGAAAAGAGUUACAUUUGCUGAUGAGAUCAGUAAUGAUCUGGAUUAUGAAAGUGAUCAAGACGACAGCCAAGAGGAUAACAAAGAAUCAACGGUACUUCUUGGUCAAGUGGACGAAGAAGAUAGUAAUGAAACUGAAUUUCGGCGUCGACAGAAGAAACUUCAAGAACGAAUCUUUUCAAUAGAACAAACAAAUCUAGCUCCAAGAAAUUGGGAUUUGAGUGGUGAAGUGACAGCUAUCGAAAGAGGGGAAAACACGAUGUUAGAGAAACAUCUCGAUUUCGAUCAGUCGGCACCAUGCGCGCCAGUUAUUACUGUUGACACAACCGCUCAGUUAGAAUCGAAAAUAAUCCAGCGAAUCAAGGAUAGAGCAUUUGACGAUGUGCUGAGAGUUGAACGUAAAUCAGAAACAAAUGCAGCGUAUCGAGCGUCAGUUGCAGAAUCGGAAAUUGUGAAAAAGUCUCUUGCGGAAGUUUACGAAGAGCAGUAUCAGAAAACUCAAUAUGGAGUAGGAAAUGAAGAGAAGACGAAUGAAAAACACGAAGAAAUCAAAAAGCUGAUGUCAUCGUUAUUCCAGAAAUUAAAUGCUCUGAGUCAUUAUCGUUAUAUUCCAUCUGAAGUCAGUUCGGAAGUACGUGUCGUAAGUAACAUGCCUUCACUUCAAAAGGAGGAAGUGGGACCUUUAGCAUCCACCGACGCCGUGCUUUUAGCUCCAGAGGAGAUACACAAACAUGUUACUGGUCCGAUCAAAGGGGAUGAUGAGAAAACAAAAACAGAUCGGUCUCACUCGCGCCGUAAAAAAAAGAAGUGGCAACAUAUCAAACAGUUUAAAAAACAAGAAGCGGAGCUUGAAGCCAUUAAAAGUGAAAUAUCUGCUAAAAAACCAAAAUUAAUGUCUCAGCAUAAAGAGAGUAAUAUGAAGUUGACAUCUGCUUCGUUUUUUCAGCGCCUUCAAACCAAAGCUACAGAAGAGAUGAAAAGUAAAAAAUACAAGAUCACAAAGAUGAAUGCAACAAAGAAAAAAUUAAGUACAAAUUACAAGCUGUGA